GUUUCAAGAGAUCUCAACGCAACUCGAACGACGAGAUGGCUCGCGUCGCGCCGCUCACGCUGGCCAAGCUCCGCGGCCCGCGUCUGUGGGCGCGCGAGGUGACGCUCUUCGAGCGCGCCCCGGGGUAUGGCAGCAAUGGCGUGCGCACGUCCAAGUACACGCUGGCCUCGUUCGUGCCCCGGAGCCUCCUCGAGCAGUUCCGUCGCGUGGCCAACUUCUACUUUUUGAUCAUUUCGCUCCUGCAGCUCACGACGCGCUUGUCGCCGACCAACAAGUACUCGACGAUCGGACCGCUCCUGCUCGUGCUGGUGGCGACCAUGGCCAAAGAGGCCGUCGAAGACAAGGCGCGCCACGACGCCGACGCCAAGGUCAACCGCACGCGCACCAUGGCGCUGCGCAACGGCGCCUUCGCCUCAAUCGCAUGGCAGGACGUAGUUGUUGGCGACGUCUUGCGUGUCUCAGAGCACGAGUGGGUGCCCGCGGACGCCGUGCUCUUGCUCACGUCCGAGCCAGAGCAGAUCGCCCACGUCGGGACGGCCAACCUCGACGGCGAGACGAGCCUCAAGGUCAAGACGUGUCCGUCGUACGGCGACAUUGUCCUCGAGCGGACUGAGCACCUGCGCUCGGUCGCAGGCGUUGUUCGCACCGAGGCGCCCCACGAGUCCCUCUACACGUUCGAGGGCGAGAUUGCUAUGACGGACAAGGCGUCACCAAGCAGCGCGGCCACCACGAGCUUGCACAUGGACAACGUCGUGCUCCGGGGCACCAAGCUCGUCAACACUGAGUGGGUCAUCUGCGUCGUCGUGUACACUGGGCGCGACACGAAGCUGCUCUUGAGCACGAAAGCGGCGCCGUCCAAGUUUUCCCGCGUCGACGCGAUCGCCAACCGGUGCAUCCUCCUCAUGUUCCUCCUGCUUGUGCUCGCCGUGACGCUGAGCGCGGCCGGGACUGUCUACUACGAGGCCGCGUUGCACCAGCACACGUACCUCCAGGGUUCGUCGCCAACGUCAUUUGUGACCGCCUGGGUGACCUACCUCAUCUUGUACAACAACCUCGUUCCGAUUUCGCUCUAUAUUAGCUUGGAAGUGGUCAAGUGGCACCAAGCGCGGCGCAUGGAGCGAGACCCCAACCUGACGAUCGACGGAGUCCCGACGCAUGUGCGGACAACCAACCUCAACGAGGACGUCGGGCAAGUGAGCUACGUCUUCAGCGACAAGACGGGCACGCUCACCAAGAACGAGAUGGCCUUUCGCAUCUGCAGCAUCCACGGCGCCAUCUACGACGACGCGUCGACACCAGUACCCCGCCGACAGAAGCCGAAUUCGAUCGCCGCCAACUGGGUGCACCAGACCCACGACGACCUGCUGGAGCGAGGCAGUGCGCUCGAGCCCGUCCAAGACUUUUUCCGGUGUCUCCUGCUCUGCCACACGGCGAGUGCGGCGCAAAGUGUGAUGCGGUCGACGUCACCGGAUGAAGUCGCACUCCUGAACGCGUGCCCGCGCUUCAACUGCGCCUUUGAAGGUCGGAGUCACAACACUCUGCGCAUCCGCAUCUUUGGCAAACGCGAAGAGUAUUCGCUGCUGAGUCUCCACGAAUUCGACUCGGACCGCAAGUGCAUGUCGGUCGUCGUCCAGCGCAACAAGCUUUUUGACGACCAGGACCAACUGUUGACACCAUGCAGCAAGAAGAGUUUGGCGCCGAUCGUGGUGUACGUCAAGGGCGCCGACGCCAGCAUGCUCCCAUCGUCCCAUGACUCGCUCCUGAGUCUGCACGUUCACUACUUUGCCUGCAUGGGCCUUCGAACUCUCGUGUUUGGCCAAAAGAUUCUGACGCCCUCGGCGUUCACUGCCUACAAGUUUAACAAAGCCAAGGACGAAGCCAGCGCGCUGCGGCACCUCGAGGCCAACGUCGACCUCCUUGGCGCGACCGGCAUCGAAGACCGACUGCAAGACGGCGUCAAGGCCUGUGUCCGCAAGCUCGCGGACGCCGGCAUCCACCUCUGGAUGCUCACGGGGGACAAGGACGAGACGGCUGUCGCGAUCGGCCACGCGUGCGGGCUCAUUCCACCGAGCGCACGGCUGCUUGUGCUCGACAAGCGCACGAAACAAGACUGCCUUGACCAGAUCACGCACAUGCGCUACGUCCUCAAGAAGGACGGGCUCUGGGCCCCGCACAAGCCCAACGCCCAGCUCUCGCUCGUCCUCAACGGCGUCGCGCUCGACACCCUAGCUUCAUAUACAGACGGCCCAACGGCCUUGAUGGACCUCGUGAGCCAGUGCGGCAGCGUCAUCGCGUGCCGCUUGUCGCCGUCGCAGAAGGCCGAGAUUGUCGCCAUGGUCAAGGCCAGCCCCAAGGCGCCCGUGACGCUUGCGAUCGGCGACGGCGGGAACGACGUGACUAUGAUCCAGGAAGCGCACAUCGGCGUCGGCAUCGCGGGCCACGAAGGUCGCAUGCAAGCGGUGCGGGCCGCCGACAUUGGCGUCGGUCAGUUCCGGUGCCUCUCGCACCUCAUUCUGCUCCACGGUCGAUGGAACUACCUUCGCGUUACGAAUCUCAUCACGUUCACGUUCUACAAGAACGCUGUGCUCAUCGGCAGCCUCCUCUGGUUCUCCUGUUCCUGCGGCUGGUCGGGCCAAACCCUCUACGACUCGUACCUCAUGGUCGGCUGGAACGUCGCGUACACGCUUCUGCCGCUCCUCGUGCUCGGGAUUUUCGACCAAGACCUCCAGGCGUGGAUCGUGUGGCAAGCGCCGCGUAUUCUACAAUGCCUCCCGCCCUUUGGCGUCAAGCAGAUCUUAUGCACGCUACUCAACGCACUCUACCACGCGACGCUGCUCGUGCUACUCACCAUGCCGUCGGUACUGGGGACCUCGCUCGACACGGGCGGCCUCUUCCUCCUCGGCACGCGCUUCUACGGCAUUCUCAUUGUGACUGUGACGCUCAAGGGCCUCUCGCUCAUGCACCCAAUGUACCGCUUCACGCGCUGGCAUAUAGCAGCACUGGUCGUGGGCGUCCUCGCCUACGUGGCCUUUGUCCAGGUGUACGCCCGCCUCUACCGCGUCUGGCCCAACGACGUCUUUGCCGACUUGUAUGGGCUCGCGAGUCCAGCGCGCGACGAGCAACCACUCUUGCGCCUGCUCUUGUACCCUGUGCUCACACUGCUCUUGGACGCGACGGCGCGCGUGUUCCAGGUGUUGGUGGCGCCGACCAACGCCGACAUCCUCGCCGAGCUCGAGGUCGCACCCCGUGGGCGGCGGAUGCCGGGCACGGUCGCGUCCGACCGCUGGCGCACGCAGGACACGACGGGCUUUAUGCUCCAGCGCUGCGAGACCUUUCGAAAGCUUGAGCUCUCGCCGCUCGACAAGGUGCUGCAGCAGCUCGCGCGCCUCCAGCGGGAGGCGUCGAUCGCCAACGGUCGGUCCGACCCGAUGCUGCAAAAGGAGUCGGACUUGCAGCAAGGGUACGACCCGGCGACGAUCCCGAUGCACCCGCUCACCAUGGUGUUCUUCAAGCACCCGGACCUCGAGGCUGAGUACCACCGCGGGUUCGUCGCCCGCGAGCGCAGCCGCCUGCGCGUCGUGCUUCUCUGGGUCGUCGGCCUCCUCGUGCCGUACGCCGUCCUCGAGUACUAUAGCAGCAGCGGGUCGCCGUCGCGGCUCGGGCUGCGCCUGGCUUUGCUCGUCGCAGCGCUCUUGUUUGUGGUCUACACGCGCUGUCGGCUCUUUGCCCUGCACUACCACGGCUGCCUCGCGCUCGUCUUGGCGUCCAUGGCGCUGCUGCUCUCGGCGACCGUCGCCACCACGGGCGUCUUCGCCGCGACGAUCUUCCCGAUCGUGCUCUUCGCCGUCGUCCGCAUCAAGUUUGUGUACGCGGUCGCCACCGCGCUGCUGCAUUUCGCCGCGUAUGCCUACUGGACUCCGGCGCAGCUCAGCUGGUUUGGCGCGUACCUCGUGUUUGUGGCCGGCUUUGCGGCCAACGGCAGCUGGCGCACGCAGCGGGCGAUGCGCCGGGAUUUCCUGCAGAACCGAUUUCUUUUGCACGAGGAGGCCCGCGCGCUGCGCAUCUUGGACCACAUGCUGCCACGCCAUGUGAUGCGUAAGCUCGAGGCGAGCGAGCCCGUCAUCUCGGAGGCCGAGCCGUCCGUGACCGUCCUCUUCUGCGACGUGGUCGACUUUGGCCAGCUCCUCGAAGAGCACCCACCACCCCAUGUCGUACAGCUUCUCGACCACAUUUACUCCCUCUUUGACGAGCUCUGCUUCAAGUACAGUGUACAGAAGGUCGAGACGGUCGGGAAGACCUACAUGGCGUGCGCCGGCCUCCAAGAACACAAGCUGUCGACGCCGCCCGUGACGCCGCAUGCGCUACGCGCUGCGUGCUUAGCCACCGAGAUGCUCGAGCGCCUCCGCGCGUGCCAUUUCGACGAGCACGACCACGGGCUACGGCUGCGCAUUGGGCUGCACUCGGGGCGCGUCAUCACGGGGCUCGUCGGGAAGAAGAAGCAGCAAUUCUCGCUCUUCGGCGACACCGUCAAUACGGCGUCGCGCAUGCAGAGCAGUAGCAAACCCGGUCAGAUCCGCGUCUCAGAGGCCACGUACGCUUCUCUCACCCCCCACUUUGAGGCGACGUCCGAGAAGCUCCUCAUCAAAGGCAAGGGGGUAAUGGACACGUUCAUCUUGGGGGACCCGGCGUCCGACGCGGCGAGGGCCCUACUCUCGAUUAUCGGCCGUUCGAUGGACGAGACGGACAUGCUAUUGCAGCUCAGCGUUGUCGAGUGGCUCCAGUACGUUUUCCUUCCGAUGGCGAUCGCCCAGGCCGACGAAGACGCGAUGCAGUCCCACGUGCACUCAGUGUGGCUCACGUUUCACGACGCCGAGAUGGAAGCCAUCUACUUGCGCAAGGUCAUGGGGAAGCAAGCCACCGCCAUGCGCUGGACGCUCUCCGUUCUGAGUCUCUACAUGCUCUACGCCGUCGUGCGGGACGUCGGUCGAUCCAGUGGCAGCGACGACACGGCCGCGCUCAUCAGCAUGCGCCUCAUAUACCUCGUGGCGGCGGCCACGACUGUGGGUCUACUGACCUACUACCACGUCCAACUAAACUUUACGACGUCGACGACCGCCCGACGUCACCAAGUGCUCCUCGUACUGAGUCUUUUGCUCGCUCUCGCCGUUCUCGGCGGACCGCAAUUCCCGACACUGGAUGCACCGCUCGUCUUUGAGAUCGUCCAUCUCGACUGGCUCUUUGUGGCCUUUGUCGCGUCGAGUAGUGGGCUGCUCUUGCACGAGUUCACGCUGCUCCUCAACGGUCUCGUGCUCGGUGCGCAAGUGCUUUUGCUGCUUGUCUACAGCAGCGACAUUCUCCGCCAUGCGAACCCCCUUCUCUUCUCUAGCUUUGGUGUCGUCGCCAACGUUGUCGUUUCGCGCGGACUCGAGUUCUUUCGCCGGCGGCACGUGUGGCUGCAGACGCGCACCGAGGUCGAGACAGCCAAAGCCGACCACCUACUGUACCAGCGCCUCCCGCAGCGCGUCGUUUCCAAGCUCAAGACGGGCGAGUCGGUCUGCGAGACGCACCACGAGGUCGGCAUUCUCUUCUCCGACAUCCAGGGGUUUACGUCCCUCGCGUCGAAAGCGCAAACCGAGCAAGUGAUCCAGAUCCUCGAUUCACUCUUCGCGGCCUUUGACGUCCUCACCGAGACCCACGGAGUCUUCAAGAUGCAGACGAUUGGCGAUGCCUAUGUGAUCGUGUCGGGUCUACCCUACCCCGACAUGGGCCUCUCUACCACCGUGCCGUCGUGGGUGCAUACGUGUGCCAAGCGCCGCAUGUCCCUCGCCGAUAUUCGCCAGCUAAACCAAGAGCUUGCGUCGAGCUGCGAGCCAACGGCGGUGCGCACUGUGGCUGAGCCCCUGCACCACUUGCAACGGCUCAUCGAGAUGGGUCUCGCGAUGCAGCGAGAGGUGGCCAAGAUCUUUGACCCGACGAGCGGCGACCGCUUGCAGAUGCGCAUUGGCAUUCACGCUGGCUCGAUUGUCGGGGGCGUCAUUGGCACCACGACGCUACGCUACGACAUGUGGGGGCCGGACGUCCUCUUGGCGAAUGCGCUCGAAGCGAGCGGGAUCCCCGGCGGCCUCGUCGUGAGCAGCGCUGUCCGUGACGCGCUGACGUCACACGACGUCCCCAUGACGUACCACAAGACGAUUCAAAAGCACGUCGAGAUCUACGCGGUGCGCGCAGAGACGAGGAAGGAAGACUGGGUCGUGUCCCUCCACGAGUCCGAUCUGCGCAAAGCCAAACCCAAGUCUCUCACUGACGACCGCCGGUUCUCCAACUGAUGAUACCAAUGCGCGUGUUAAUGUCAAUAAUGCAAAGGGUUGCUGCUUGACGGCGACCCUCGGUGUGUGUGG